AUAAUCGUAACAAAAUGAAUGGUGAGUAUAGAGAAGCCAUAGAAGCAGGGAGGGGUCGUCCCCCUCGUUUACAACGGCAGUAUAUGGCUAUGGCUUUUAGUAUGUCACUCGCUGGCAUCUUUACGUCAGCAGUCUUGUGUGUGGAGUUCUUGAUGGAACGCUGGAUUAUGUGCGCAAUAUUCAGUGCUUGGAAUAUAGUGUACCUUGGUAUGCUAAUAAGAAUCUGGUGGAAAGACGAAGCUCCAGUGCAAACAUAUCAACUAGGAGCAGAAGGAAGGUUUCACAUCUUCUUGGCCGUGAUGAUAUAUAUGUUUUGCAUCUCAUAUAGUUUUCAAGACUUGGCCACAAGAGGACCGUGGGUCCUUUUUUGUGGCGCUCACCCUAUAGGCGCGAUGGGUCUAAUCGUGUGCCUCUCUUGGCCGAUAGAAGAUUUUAAACCAAACCAUGUGUACACCAUGAUAACAGGAAUCGUGUAUGGUUUUGUAGGUGGAAUAGGACGCCCAUUGGCUGGGUUUUGUGUAAUUCUUGGAUUCUUCCUUAUUAUUUUGUUCAUGGAAAUAAGGGCAAGUGUGAGAGAAGAAGAAUCAGCAACAGUCCUUCUAAUUAAUAAUAAUGAAGUUAUCUAG